AUGGAGACCGAAGUUCCAACAGUGUCGGAGAUGCACCGCGGCGGCGCCCCCCUGGAGCUCCGACACUGCUCGAGCUCCGACACUGGAGCUCCGGCCGCGGCCGCGGCCCCCGCGGCGGCGAGCGCCUACCUGGAGGAGACCGGCGCGGCGAACCGGUCGCACUUCUGCCUCGCCGACUGCUGCUGUGCGCAAGAGCCGCCGAGCAAGGACGCCGUGAGCUCCUACGACCACUACUGGGACUGCUGCGGCUGCCCGGAGAUCGAUCCCCAGGGCGCCUGCGGCCCGCUGGCGUGCUGCGGCUGCGGCUGCAAGCUCGCGCUCUGCGCCGCGGACGUCGCGUGUUUGUGCCUCCCGCGGGCCGCCGGCGCGUGCGCGGAGCGGGUCCGCGAGGCCUCGGACUUCAAGCGCGCGCACCAGACGCGGGCGCACUUCGACCCGUACCCCGCGUCCUUCGGCGAGGCCAAGGGGUGCGCGGGCAAGUUGCUGUGGACCUUCGGGACGUGCGGCAACCUGCACUACCCGUUCGGGAACGCCGGCGUCGCGUGCUGCGGCAAGAUCUGCUGGACCGAGGAGCGCAACUCGUAA